AGGUGAUUUAAUUGACGAGCUCCUUCCCUCCAACCAAAGGAGGGUUAAUAAUUAAAAUCACCUGCUUUAGUGACCGGCUGUGACCGAGUUUGACUCCCCUGCCGUAGAAUGAGCAUUAGUGUUGCAUACCACACCUCUACUACAAGCACCCCGAAGUAUGUAUCUCCGCCGGUCCUGCAGCUUCAUCCUGGUGUCCUCCACCGUCUCAUAUUCAGUGUGCAGCAGAGAGCACCCACUCUGGCGACAAGAGGACCCCUCCGCAGAAGUUGUACCCGGUGAAGAGAGACGCUUGAAAACCUGAUGCGGCCCAGCCUUGCCCAGACCCUAGCUCCAGUGGCCCCCCGGGCACUCCAUCUACAUCGACAACGCACAACACCAGGUCUCAGGACAAUGAUGGAGCUAAUGAGCGUGACACCUUACUAUGACAUCAACAGUUCAGAAGCCACCAUCUUGAACGGUACGAUGUACGAGGAUGACGAGUACGACUACAAGGAUGACCACGCCGAGCUGAGGCAGUCCCUCAACAUCAUGUCUCUCAUCGUUUACUGCCUGGCGUUCGUCCUUGGCGUGUUGGGCAACGGCGUGGUUAUCUGGGUAACCGGAUUCAAGAUGAAGAAAACGGUCAACACGGUCUGGUUCCUCAACCUCGCUGUUGCCGACUUCCUUUUCACGGCAUUCCUUCCUCUGAGCGUGACGUACACGGCUAUGGAUUUCCAUUGGCCGUUCGGGAAGUUCAUGUGCAAGCUCAACAGCACCAUUAGCUUCCUGAACAUGUUUGCUAGCGUCUAUAUCCUGAUGGUGAUCAGCAUCGACAGAUGCGUGUCGGUGGUGUGGCCCGUUUGGGCUCAGAACUACAGAAGUGUCCAGAAGGCGUCCGGCGUGAGUCUUGGCGUUUGGGUGGUGGCUCUGAUUCUGAGCACGCCAUAUUUCAUCUUCAGGGACACGGGACCGUCGUAUAACAAUGAAGAAAUCAUCAACUGCUUCAACAACUUUGCAUUCUCCGACGACUACGUCACGCCUCAUGUGACCCAACUGCGGUUCUUCCGCCAUCAGGCCAUGACUAUAACACGCUUCUUCCUGGGUUUCGUUGUCCCUUUCACCGUCAUCGUGUCAUGCUACGCUGUGAUAAUCCAUCGCCUCCGCAGGAAUCGAACCCUUGCCAGCCAAUCCAGUCGUCCCUUUAAAAUCAUCGCCGCCGUCAUCGCUACUUUUUUCCUAUGCUGGGCUCCCUAUCACAUCCUGGCUCUGAUUGAGCUAGUGAAUCACAUGUCUUUUUACGAGAGUGAGAUACUCGACCACGUCAUCACGAUCGGAGUCCCCAUCGCCACCAGUCUGGCAUUUCUCAACAGCUGCCUCAAUCCACUACUCUAUGUCUUCAUGGGCCAAGAUUUCAAGGAUAAAGUGCGUAAAUCCAUCCUGAAAGUACUUGAAACUGCUUUCCAGGAAGAGGUUUCCCGUUCGUACACUUACACAAACUCAAUGAUCACCAGUCGAAGCAAAGAGAAGUCCGUCUCUGAAGCCGAGGUAUAAAACCGUCUACGUUAGAGGACUCUAUUUGUAUAUAGCCUUUGGAAUUGUAUAUGACAAAUAUUCAUUGUAUCCUGUUCCAUUUCCAUUGACUAUGUUUACAUGCGGUAAUGGAAUCUAGGUCAUUUUGCAGUUGUUAACCACUCAUUUGGAUCUGAAUAUUAACUCAUGUAGACAUGUGAAUUGGAAAAAUAGAAUAUUAAGUUGUUAUUCCGCACGGUCACUGCUCAGAUUACAACGGAUUUGGAUUUGUUUGGGUUCGGCAUGGUGUUAACCAGAGGGAAAACAAAUACUUAAAUAUUAUGGAGUGAUCUAUGGGAACCGUCAUAUUUUUUUUCGACUAGUAUCUGAAAAAACGUCGAGAAAAAUGCUUUUGUGCACAUCAAAUUCAUGGACCACUCGGACAGGAGCAGGAUUAUUAUAGCAAGAACACAUCAUCAUUUAUACCGUCUUUUUCGCUGUUAACUCCCCAUGUCUGGUCCUCAGCGUAGCGAAGGGGUGCUCAAAGCUAACAGCUGCUCCGAGUGUAAACAAUGGAGCAAAACGCAAGCUACAAAACAUGCAAACUCCACACAGAGAUGGCCGAGGGUAUAAAGAAGUAUAUUCUCUUUUUUAAAUAAAUAUAGAAAAAGUAAAAAUAUAAUGUUGAAUCUUCUGUGCAAUCAUGCUGCAGUCACGGUAGUCUCUCUACAGCCGGGUUAGCGGCGUUAGCGUUUCCAUCUCACGUUCCCCAUUACAAUAUAUAAUAAAUAGACAAUAAACAUGGUUUAUCCAGCAACCUUUAUACUGUCUUUUUUGCUGUUAACUCCCCAUGUCUGGUCGCUCAGCGUAGCGAAGGGGUGCUCAAAGCUAACAGCUGCUCCGAGUGUAAACAAUGGAGCAAAACGCACGCAAACAUGCAAACUCCACACAGAGAUGGGAGUUCCAGAGGGUGGAAUCGAACAUGGGUCUCCUAGCUGUGUGGCUAACCACUCAUCCGGCGUGCAACCCAAGAAGACUUACUUAAAAAAACAAAAUUGAAGUUUUUCCUCUGAUUUAAUUAUUUUUUAUUGAUUUUUGUUAAAAUCAAUUAAAAACAACACAUCAUCAGUAGGGUAAAACUAACCCGUAUCACGACGGUCUAACCCAAAUCACGUUCCCGUUCCCUCGGAAGAAUCGACAUCCAAAGAUCAAAAAGCAAUGUCGCUAUGAACUGAACACUUGGCCGUCACAAUCAUCAAUUCAGCAACUCAGAAAUCAUAUAUUAUUGUUGUUAUUUUACUCAUAUUUCAAACAAAGAUUCAAUAUUUUUCCAAAAAACACGUCGUCUUCUAUUCAGGUCAAUACUUUAUUUACAGUUUGAUUAAGCUGACUGUUCAAAAUAUCGUAACCAAGCUGUGAUGCAUUUUGAAAUGUGUGUUUUUUUUAUUGCCAUGAGCAGUAUGAAUGCUAAUUACGCUUGAGACUAACAUUGGGAAAUGAUCAUUCUGUACUUCCAUUUCCAUUGACUAUGUUUUUACAUACGGUAAUGGAAUCUAUACACUCGAAAAAUAAAUGUUUAGCCUCAACAAAAAAAAAAAUCCACGCAACAGUUUCCAUUAGUCUUUCUUAGUUAUGACAACUUAAUUUGAAAUUGCUUUGAACCAAGAAACAAUAUUGCAUUGCAUGAAUUAGCUUUUCCUCUUCACGAAAAGCUUAUUUUAAGUAAUGCUUACUGAAUAAUUGUUGUCAUGGGACAAGUUUUUAAGUUCAUAACUCAAGUUAAUAAC